AUGCGAUUAGCAGUGACUCGAGCUCUUGUUGGCAACAAUAGGCGACAUGCAAGCAUAGUGAUGACUGGAAAUAAGAAUGAAAAGGGAUUGAAAGCCUUGCGAUUGAUAUCACUUUAUUCUACAAAGAAUACGAAAAGGCCAUUGAAUAAAGCAGAGGAGAAAGAGGUGGCAGGAGUGCCAAGUCAUAUGAAAUUUCGUAUGCCGGACUUGAAUUUUAAAGAGGUCGGUAGUAGUGAUGCUGCAGACGUGACACUUACCAAAUGGUACGUGCAAGAAGGCACAGCCGUGAAGGACGGUACACACAUGUGUGAAAUUGACACACCGGAUCUGUGCUUUCAACUUGAGUCUGGAGACGAGGGAUUCAUUGCACGACUCUUGGUAGAUGAGGGUGUUAAUAACAUUGCUCCAGGCAAACCACUAGCUAUUAUUGUGUCCACGGAAGCGGAGGUCGAGCAGUUUGCACAAAGGCACAAGGAAAAUCCACACAAUAUCGAAGGGUAUGCCGAGCCAACGAGUGCAACCCAGGCUGUUGAAACGGAGGUUGCAGCAGUUCCGACAAAGAAUGCGGCGUCGAGCGACGUGUUGCGUAUGCUCAACAAGUUGCAGAAGGAGGGACUCUUUGAAGAUGGGAAGACACUUAAGGUGCUGAAGUCGCUAGCCCGUAAGAAUGAUGCUCAGCUGCUCACGACGUUUAAGGCCAGCUAUGAGGAUGGCGUGUUGGAAGAAGCAGCGUUCGACAAGGCAUUUUUUGUGCAGAAUGCACUUGAACUGGUGGAAGAGGCGUCAGUAGGAACGACUACGGAACACAAUGCAAGCUAG